AUGGUCAAGGGCGUGGCAAAGGAAAAGGACAAGGUGGCGGUAAAGGUGGCCCACGUGAGUGCUGGAACUGUGGUAAGUUGGGUCAUGUGGCUUCUGAAUGCCGUCAGCCUCGUAGAGUUCAACAGGUACAAGAUGGUGAUCAGUCAAGUUCGCCGAAUCUACGAGUUCGACCUGACUGAAGAUGCGGAUGACUGCUGGUACGAAGAUGGUGAGUACGAGGUUCGCCGUCUUGUGAAGCUUAUUCAUGACUUUGAUGUGUUCGCGCGUGACGAGUCUUUGCGUGAUGAUCACUCGAGCUUGCAUGUGAACAUGUGGGACGAUCCUGAUGGACAUGUUAGUGAGGGAGCCUGUGCAGAAGAUGAUUGUAGCGAAUGCAGUUUGGAUGAGCUUCGUAGCACCAGCAGUUUGUGGUACGACAUGGAGAGCAUUGAAGAGGCAAGUGACUUUGAAAGUGAUUGCAAUUGUGACGAAGAACUCACUCCUCGGCUGUACUGCCGGGCGGUGAUCGAAGAGGUCCCCAGCGGACCGGAGAGAGUGGAGGUCAUCUUGAACACUGGAAAUCACACUGUCUUCAUCUGGGGUGUCGAUUUCGAAGUUGCCAAACACUCUCGACUCUCCGCCUUCGAUCUUAUUCCCUUGAGAAUUUCGCACCUGGAGGAAAUUGUAGCACAAGGAGAUGGAGAAGAUGCUGAUCAGCGGCUAGGUGAAACCUCCGCUGCUGAUCAGCGGCUAGGCACUGCCUCCGCUGAGAGUAAUCAGCGGCUAGGUGAUGCCUCCGCUGAAGGAGGAACCCGAGCUGAAAGUUUCUUGGCGUCAGAAGCUGUCCGUAUGGUUGUUGUGAUUGAUGAAGAGAUGGCAGAGCAUGCUGAAUCUCCCGGGUGGAGCUUGAGUACAUCCAUGUUACCAGUUCAUUUGGCAUACAACAUGUCUACGACUGUUGAUCCUUCAACACGGUUCACUCCUGAUGAGUGGCCCCAUCGCUCUACGCUCAUUUGGAAGAGAGGUCGAGAGUAUGAAGUUUUUGAGUGUGGAGAAUAUUGGGAACCAAAUCGCACUUUGGACCUCGAUGCCCCGGCUAGCAAGCUUCUAACGAUCCUCACGAAGAACCCCAUUGAGCCUUCCCAGCUAGGAGAGGUAAGGCCUGAUGAUCGUGCGUGGGUUCCCGGAGUUAAUCCUCUACGUGAUCGUGGUGAUGUUGGAGAAGAAGAAGGAGAGAUGGUUGUUGAGAGACAAGGAGAGGGAGCAGAAGGUCCCACGCCAGGCCCCUAUGCUGUGGAAGUUGAAGGUCCCGAGCAAGAGGUGAUCAUGGUCAAUGAUGUGAGAUUGACUCAGGAGAGCGCGUUGAGAGAACUUCGUUUGGCGUGCCGUUUCCUGGGCAUCUCCAAGAAUGGGUCAAAGGCGACUGUGUGGAACAGGUUAAAGAGAAAAGUGGCUCUUGCAAAGUUGAAGGUGGCAGUGGAAGCUUCGGAGAUUGUGAAAGCUGAGUGUGCUCGAGCCUGUAUCGCCUCCCGUGCCAGAGAGGACAAUUAUGACGACGCAGAAGCUCACAGAGAGUUUCCUGUGGUGAGCAUGGACUAUAUGUUUACUGCUACACAAGACAAUCCUCUUGCUACUCAUUUGAUCUUGGUAGACUCCCAGACCGAGUCUGUGCAAUCCACGGCCAUUGAUGGAAAAGGCAAUAGAAGCUUGAAGUACUGUGUUGAAGAUGUGGUUCGCCUGAUGAAUUCCCUCGGUUAUCAGCGAAUUGGCCUCAGGUAUCACACCGAGCCAGCAAUGAAGCAGAUUGCUGGAGCUGUAGUGGCUGCUAGGUUGAAAAUGGGUUUAGCCACGGAGGAAGAGCCGAUUCCACCAGGGGAUGCGACACAUCGUGCAAAUCGCAGUGAAAGGUAUAUUCACACAGUACGUACCCUUGACAAUUGCUUGCUGCAGACAAUCCUCCAACACACGGGACACAAGAUUGAGAGUGAAGACCCACUCUUCGCUUGGGCCUACCGGCAUGCGGCUUUUCUUGUAUCUCGGUUCUCAGUUCUGAAGGAUGGUUGCACAGCGUUCGAGUUGAUCCAUGGAGCACGCCGAACAACCCUAGGCGACUUGAACAUCGUGGGCGAUGGAGAAGGAAUCGAUCAUGCACGAAGCGUCCGACUUGCACCUGGUAAGUUCUCGACAGAAGCAUUGAAGACCAUGAAAGGAGUUCCACGGGAUCCUCUUCUUGAUGUUCUUCCUUCUCGUAAGAGGAAAGCUUUGACUGGUUCUAGACUUCCCGUUCUCCCUGAGAAUGUUGAAGCACCUCCUUCACCUGCUGAUGAAGCUGCUUCAGAUCCACCAAGCCCAGCAGCAAUUGGCCCAACCCCGAAUGAAGGACCAUCAGUUGAAGGGGGAGUAGGAAGCGACACCAUGAGCGUAAGUUUGCCUGGAGAAAGCAUGGAUGGUAGGUUUCAUUCUGAAGAACUCCUCAUGGAUGUUGAGGGUCACCCCGCAAGCGGCCAUGUGAGUGCGAUUUUCCUAGAGGAAGAAAUGCCAACGGGUCAUGACGACAACGAAGGCUACAUGGAAGCUGAUGAAGAUCCUUUGGCCCCAGGUUUUGACAUUGAUUGGGCCGUUGGUGAAGUUGAUGAAGAGUACGUGGCUCCAGACCCCCAGGUUGACUUGCCGUUCGUGAGGUCAGCUAAGGAAGCUGGACGGGAGUUCGAAGGCAUGACUAACUUGCAGUCCAAGUAUGUGCGAGACUGGCGGUUCAUCGACCCUGUCAUGGAACAUUUGGCUUGCCUCCAAAAGGCUUUCGCUGGGCUAGUGUGUUCGAGCUCACGACUUUGCUUGUAUACUGGUGACAUCAAAGAUGCCUACUUGACUGUUCCUCAGAAAAGGCCUACAUUCACUCGUCAUGAAGGCUUGAUCUUUGAGCUCAAGUUCAACUUACCAGGCCAACGAGCUGGAGCCAGAUACUUCUACGACAAGCUGGCCGGGAUUCUCAAGUGUGACAACUUGGAGAGUUACGAGGCUGCUCCGGCUUUGUUCAUCGAACCCAAGUGUAUUGGAGUUAGCACGCAUGUGGAUGACUUUGAAGUGAUUGCUGAAGCCUCUCGUGUUGAUCGCUUGACAAAGAAGCUGGCAGAGAGUGGCUUGAAGUUUUCGCUAGAAGGUCCUUGCGCAGUUGAAGAGGGUGAGUGUCAUUUCCUCAAAAGGAAGUUCGUUGGCACAGGAGAUGGAAUUGUGGUGAGCCAAGACUCGAAGCACAUAGACAAGCUUGUUGAACUUCUUGGCCUACGGAAGGCCACCGCGAAGGCCACUCCGUGUCCGAUGAACGUGAACCACAACAAGGUUGACAGCAGUCCUCUAGAUUCUGAACGUCAUGCAGUGUAUAGGACGUGCAUAGGCAUUCUUCUGUACUUGGGUCAAGACCGUCCGGAGAACUUGUGCACGAUCAAACAGCUGAGUGGUUGUUGCACAUGUCCGACUGAGUCCGAUUGGUCACUGCUGAAACACCUUGUGAAGUUUCUGAAUGCGCUGCUUCGAAUAGAAAGGCAGAAGAGU